AGGAUUGAGAAGGUGAUGCUGGCCUGCGGAAAAUGGAAACGGAACUGCUCUGUUCCGGAGUCCGGCCUGCCGUCCAGACGUGUCCCAGCGCCAAGGUGCUGGCUUCCUGCCACGACCGCAAACAUCAGGAAGGCUCAAGGUGGCACCAAACCAGGUGGGACACCUUCCAAACCAGGGGAGAAGAGAGGAUCCGAAGCUAUCGAGAUGCCGAUCGGUCGGCAGACCUGGGGGAGGGGCUCUGUCACUGUGUCUGUCCUGUCGCCGCCGCCGCUGCUGCUGCUGCUGCUGCUGCUGUUGUUGUCGUGGCCCUCUGGGACAGCCGCUUCCACAGGGAAAAAAGCCGGAAGCCUCAAUGCCAGCCAAGCGUCCCAGGCCCUGUCGAGUGGAGCAGCCGGCGCUGCCAGUCAGGCACAUUCAUCCUCUGCCGCUCCAACCAGAAACCCCACCAUGAAUCCCACAGAAGCCAAGGCUUCUCCGAGCCGUAAAAAAACCGGCGGAUCACAGGCCCACGGCAAGAAGAGAAACAAAACUCAGGGUGCAAAAAUUGAGCCAGAGAAAACACCCCAGUCAUCCAAAGUCGUAAAAACAGAACCAGAGAAAACACCACAGUCAUCCAAAGCUGCAAAAACAGAACCGGAGGAAAAAACACCACCGCCAUCCAAGGAUCUGCAGCUCACUGAUUCUCAUGCAAAACAGACAUCAAAAGAAAAACCAAAGGAGCACACAGAGCAAAAAAGCCCCCACAAAGAGCCAUCGGACAGUGGGAGUAAGACCACUCCCACUGGAAAAGCAGUCGUCAAAGCAACUGAACAAUUGACUCCAGAGAAACAGACUGAAGAACCAAAGUCGAAAUCUGGAAGCAAAUCUGCCGUUGCUGCUGCCGGUGCUGCUGCCGGUGCUGCCGCCGGUGCUGCUGCCACUGGUUCGGUGGUGGCGGCCACGGGCAGUCCGAGCGAGGAGAAGAAAGCAAAGAAAGCAGUGACUCCGUCGGCCCCAGUCGAAGCCGGAUCGGCUAAACCGGCCGGAAAGACUGAAGUGGAUUCUGCCUUAGAUGAUCUAGUCGCCACCUUGGGAGAACCUGAAGAAAAUGUUCCAGAGAGUCCGAAAUACACCGGGCCUGAAGUGUCGGAAACGUUCACUUCCGAAUACAUAGAAGAACUCGGAAAGAGGGAGGGCACUAUUCCACCAAAAUAUAAGAAGCUGUUGGAAAGUACGGAGGGUUCCCCGCCGCCACCUCCCCAAGAAGAGCCUGUGAAACCCAUUGGAGAGGAUGAGCUCAUUGAUAGCCUGUCUUCGGAUUUCACCUGCCACUCACCCGCCGCUGCCGGGAAGAAGACAGAGAAGGAGAAACCAGAGGGAGGAGAGGUGUUGAAAGCCCAAUCAGUUGGUGCCGUCAGAAGCGCUGCCCCUCCCGACGAGAAGAAACGCAAGGUGGAAGCGGAUGAAAUGAGUGAUGAUUUAUUAAAUGCUCUUUCUGAUACACUUGGAGGUCCAGAACCAGAGCCAGAGACAGACCCAAGUUCCUUCAAAGAAGUCGAUGAGGCAAAAGCCAAAGAAGAGAAACUAAAGAAGUGUGGAGAAAGGGAUGAUACUGUCCCCCCUGAGCACAAGCUGCAACCAGCAACGGAUAAAGAUGGAAAACCGCUGUUGCCAAAGCCUGAAGAAAAACCCCAGCUCGUGAGUGAAUCCGAACUUGUGGAUGAGUUUUCCAAAGAUUUCAAAAGCCCCGACCCAGAAAAAACACAAUCAAAGCCAACUGACAAAACCCAGAAAUCUAAGGGCCCAGCACCUGUUCCCAAGGCACCUGCUGCUGUGGGAGAAACGGUAUCACGCACCUCCAUGUGUUCCGUGCAAGCUUCCGCUCCCCGAUCCGCUGCUCCGGCUGGGGCAUUGCCAGAUGAUGCUGUGGAAGCCUUGGCUGGCAGUUUAGGAAAGAAAGAAGUGGACCCAGAGGAGAAGAAGCCCAUGGUGGACAAAAUCAAGGAGAAGACCAAAGAAGAAGAUCGGGAAAAACUUGGUGAAAAGGAAGAAACAAUCCCACCUGAAUACCGGCUUGAAGAAGUUAAGGAUAAAGACGGAAAACCGCUCCUGCCCAAGGCCACGGACAAACAUCCGGCUAUGAGCGACGACGACCUGCUGGAUGCCCUGUCUGAAGGCUUUUCUUCGGCCCCGGUCACUCAAGCGGCCCCUCUCCCCGUGGCCAAGAAAUCCGCAGCCAAGAAGGCCUCCCCUGUGACAUCAGAAGUGGUCUCCUCUUCUUCGGCUCCUCAGUCCCAUGCCGCCGCCCUGCCCCCACCCACCUCACAGGAUGACCAAGGGCUGGAUGAUGCACUGGACCAACUCUCUGACAGUCUAGGGCAAAGGCAACCUGACCCAGAUGAGGACAAGCCAAUGGAGGACAAAGUCAAGGAAAAAGCUAAAGCGGAACACAGAGACAAGCUAGGUGAGAGAGAUGACACUAUCCCCCCUGAAUACAGGCAUCUCCUGGAUAACGAUGACCAGGGGCGCCCAGUGAAGCCACCACCUCCUGAGGAGCCCAAGAAUCCCUCAGAUGCCCGAGAUCCUAUCGACGCUCUGUCUGGGGACUUCGACGGCUGCGCCGAACCUCCAGAGGCUCCCAAGAAGUCGGCCAAGGACCGAAGUGGAAAGGCUGCAAAACCCAAGAGCCAGGUGAGCUCCCAGGCUGCUGCUGCCCAGGCAAAGGAGCCAUCUUCCCAGAAAAAGUCUGACGGAAAAAAGACCAGUUAAAGUUCAAGCCGUUCGGAGAUCUACAUAUUGUAUAAAUCUCAGCGGGUGGACAGCAACUUUCGAAGAAAAGGCUAUUGCGGCUAGCGAUUAUUCAGGGUGGCUUUCAUUCAGUGGUUUUCAUGUCUUGAAGUACUGAAAAAUAUUUUCUUAUUCUUUUCUGGGAAAGGAGUGGGUUUCGUCCUUGGGCAGUGGCUUAUUGCACUGAACAUUACUGUACUUGGGACUUAAAAAAAAAAGUAAUGGUCUUCAGUUAGGAGAGAAAGGAUGCCUUAUAUUUGUACAAAUUCUAUUUUCCUUGUACUUUCUGCCUGUCUCCAUAGUGCUCUAAUUCCACAUUCCUGGGUUUUUAACAUUUGAAAAAGGACAUUUUUCCUGUUCUGGAAAGCAGUUGGUUGUGGUUACCCAUCUGUCACUUGGGAGAAGGAUGAAUGAAAAUUUGGUGAUGAAGCACCUGGCUCUUUAGGAGUGGCUGAGAAACUGUCAAAACCUAGGCAGUACCAGUACCUAUCUGCAGAUCCACAGCCAAGAGGUCACCUUUCCCAAUAUGUUAUCUUUGCCAAGCAUUGAGGUUUCCUGGACACUUGCACUAAUGUGAAAUCCAAAGACCCUGCCUUAAUCACCUGUACCGCCUUACCCAGAGGCUGAAUGAGGAAUAAAACAGCAAGAGUAAAAUCCCACCCUGAAUCAAGGACAGAACCCAAGCACGAAGCAAUUCAAGUUUUCACGCAUUGAACUGUUGCUGCUUCUCUUCCUAACCAGUUAUGCAAGGCCCCGAGGAAAAACCGAAACGCCUGUGUCAAACUUGAAAAUAGUGUCAAAGCAAUAAUUUGUUCCAAAUUAUUAAACAUUAGUCUUUGCACUGAAAGCUUUGGGACUGGUGAAAACUGAAUUUACCGAACAAAUGAGAGAACAUAAAAUUUCUUCUCUGUAUUAAAGCGAUAGAGUUGCGGAUUCCAUCUUCCCGAUCAAAUAAGUGCUACUCUCCAGUGUGCUACAAGUGUGAAUAGUUGGUAAAAUCCUUUGUGAGGCCAAUGUGUGUUCUGGACAAUCUUUGUAGGAUUAGUAGAAUGUGGAUAAACGUUCGGCGUCGUAACACUUUGCUUCCUUGUGGUUGGCUGACAGGGGAAGAGAUGCUGAGCUGCCGGGUAAGUUUUAUGUGCGACCUGGGGCUCUUGCUGCAGAUUUGGACUUUGUACUGAUUUCAUUGCACAGGGGGGCCUGGAGGGACAGUACCCAGAGUGCACCUGAGCACUCACUCUCCUUCAUUUUCACUUCAGGUGCUUCUUGCAGCCCCAGAAUAGGGGCCUAAUCGAAGCUGGCUUCCCCGCCGUCUUUGGACAGAAGCACCCACGUGGCUCACCUUAAGGCUGCAGCUUGGAGCAUUGUCUGGGUGACUUCCUUGCUUCUGCUAGGCUAGCAGUGGCCAUUGUCCCACUGGUUCUUGGCUCUGACUGCCUAGUCCUAGUGUCCGAGAGCAGAGCUCUUAGUAGCCCUGGACAUCUGCUCGCCAAAAAAGCCCGAUGCAGGCUGACUUGGUGGGAGAGUGUCUAUUUGAUGUGGGAAAUGAGCCCAAAGACAAAAGGCCCACCCUCUGCCCUUUCUGCCCUGGGCAGCUGGGGCAGUGUAAUAAGUGUGGUAUUUAAAUGUUAAGCACUGGGGCAGAUAUUGGCCGCACCCUCACGGGGCUCCUGAUCUAAGGGGGACAUUUUACAGAUGAGGAAACAGAGACACAGAGGACUAAGUGACUAGCCCAUCCAUGGUUGCACAACAGGAUUAAAACCCAGGCCUCCCAGCUCUGAGUUCUUUCCCUUAGGGCACUGGCAUUUUUUUCCUCACUUGCAGAAGAGAGAAUCUAUGCAGCAAAUCAGCAUUAGCCAAAGAUGGAGCAAUCAACACUAAACCUGAAUAUGGAAUUCAGGGCCCUCUCCCCUCCCCUCCCUGCUCAAGCCUCUCUCCGGAUAUCUCCUGCUGAUUAGCAGAGAGUGCGGAGGUGCUGAGGAUCUAUCCAGGUGGCAGUAAGUUGUUGCCACCAACACCCACCUUGAGAAAACAGGAACAGAGAAACCGAAUCAGCUUUCUGCAACCGAAUGGCUAAAGGAGGUACGCUGUGGCCACGAUCUGUUCACCAAACUGAUUCCUGCUGCUAGCUACCAGUUCCCCAGAUGAAAAGGCACUGCCAUCUUCCUAUCCCUUUAAACUAUUAGAAAGUAUAAUAGAAUAUUACAUUGAAAGCCAGAAAAAAUGCCAUUAAAAACCAUUUCAACAGUU